AUACACCCUCUCGUACUUCUGAAUCAACUGCUGCAGCAGUGACAGAUACUGGCGCACAUUCGGAUCCCAUAACCCUCCUUCCAACGGUAACAACUACCGGGUCCGGAUUGUGAAAGAGGGGUGGUGGUGGAAGCACUGUCAGAAAACGGGUCGGAUCCGUGUCGAUCCUGUUGCCCGGGUUCCCAGUAUGGAUGCGUUGCAGGAAUCGGGUUGGGAGGAGCUCCGGAAAGAAGCUCGGAAAAUUGAAGGCGAUCUCGAUGUCAAGCUAUCUUCUUACGCUAAGCUCGGGGCGCGUUUCAACCAAGGAGGUCAUGUGGAUGCUGGUUCACCAACUCUUGGGUCCAGCAGGUCAUGGAAAUCCAUGGAGAUGGAGAUUCAGUCAUUGCUGGAGAAGCUACUGGAUAUAAAUGAUUCAAUGAGUCGAUGUGCUGCAUCUGCAGCACCUGCUACUUCAGUGAAUCAAAAGCUCGCUAGACACAGGGACAUUCUGCAUGAGUUUACCCAGGAAUUUAGGCGUAUCAAGGGAAAUAUUAACUCAAUGAAGGAACAUGCAGAACUUCUUAGUUCUGUACGAGACGAUAUCAGUGAGUACAAGGGGCAGGCCUCUGGGAAUGUGUCUCCAAAAAUGCAAUUACUACGGGAGAGAGCUGCCAUACAUGGAAGCAUAUCUCAUAUUGAUGAUGUGAUUAGUCAAGCUCAGGCAACUAGAGCCGUCUUGGGCUCUCAAAGAGCAUUGUUUGGAGAUGUUCAAGGAAAAGUCAAGAUACUGGGUGACAAAUUUCCAGUCAUUCGUGGUCUAAUUGGUUCAAUCAGAAGAAAAAGAUCGAGAGACACUCUCAUCUUAUCUGCAGUUAUUGCUGCUUGUACGCUUUUUCUUAUCAUCUAUUGGCUCUCAAAGUGAACAUUAUACCUAAUUUGUGUCAAAACUAAGAGGAAAGAGGUUUUCCAAUGAAUUUUCCAUGCAUAGUUAUUUAGAACAAAUUCUUUUCAAGGUUAUGGUUUCUAACCCUGAUGGCACGUUUUUUUCCUAUUCAUAGCUCUACUAUUUAUAUCUGUA